AUGGAAACGAAUAGUUCACAGAACACCCGUAUUGAUCCCUUUAAACGACCUCAAAAUCAACCAAUCACUAUACAAUUUUUGCGAGAGCAAUUGCAAAAAAUUCUUUCGAAACUGAAUGUCACCAUACCAGAUGGUGAUCCAUUGAAGUUAGUCACAGUGGCUUUGGAACCGAUCAUCUCUUCAUGGAGAAAACGAGACAUACAGUCAGAGAGAUAUUUAAAGGGUCUACUGUUUAUACUGGAGUACUGUCUAGCGCAUCCAAUCGAUGAUCAUCAAUGCUUCGAACUACUAGUAACAUCACUCGGAUAUAAUACUGUGCAGUUUUGGAGGGCUGCUGUUCCACACAUAUUCGACUCGGAUCUAGCGUAUGGAACGAAAUACAGGGACUCACUACUAUUCGCGUUGACCCUGUACGAUGUGAAUACUGGCAAAAGCCGGUUACGAGAAUUAUAUGCUGCCGUGCCUGGAAUUAGAAAAUCUCUACUGGGCGUAAACGCGAAACAGUUCGGCGAACGAUUUCACCAUCUGCAAAAGAAGAUCUCCCGCCAUUCCUCUUUGGCUAGUUUGGAGGGAAGUGACAGGGAGGAUGAUGAGAAACCAGAGAAAGAUAACACUCGAUCGCCUAGAAGAUCUCGUGAGCCUUCACUACAUUCAGAAGAUGAUGACGAAUCCGAGCCUCGUAUUCCCAUGGGAGGAAUCGCCAACACUCAUUUUCAGCAACGCGUGAUCAAUGUGUCUAAUGCACCGCCGGUGUCACUCAAAAAAGAGAAGACUGGUGAUUGGAACAUAAAACAAGGAUCAGGAGGCUUAGUUUCAUGUGUUGAUCCAGUGAUGACAAAGGAUCACGAGAACAUUUGGUUGGCGAAUCUGGGGAUGAAUAUAAAGGAUAGGAAGAAGUCCAUGUCGUCUGAGGAUUCCGAGUACUCCCAUUUGGCGCCUUCAACAAAUACUCUCGGUUUGCCACUUAUUAGGCAAGCAAUUGCUGAAGUGUUUUUCCAUGUACUCGCAGACGAUGACAAACCUGAAAUUGGCUCUAAUGUUGAACAACAGAAAGCCAGGGAAGAGAUGUCUUUGCUCGGUGUGCUUAAUAAUUAUAACAAAGGAAAUUAUAAGUUGAAUCCUGUUGUUGUGCAAGAAGAGGAUUAUAAUGUCUACUAUGGUGGUAUUAGUAACGGUCUUUUAUGGCCAGCUCUACACAAUCUACCUGAGUACAUUGUAUCCGAUUACGACUCACCAAAGAAUGUGCGUGAACACUGGUACUCGUAUGUUAGGGUCAACUAUCAAUUUGCUAUCGAUGCUGUCAGGAACAGUCGACCACAGGACUUUAUCUGGAUUCAUGAUUAUCAUCUUAUGCUUACGGGUAUGAUUAUGCAGUCACUGGAUCCUAAUUUGGAGGUUGGCUUUUUCCUACAUAUCCCUUUCCAACCACCAGAGAAUUUCUUCACUAAAUACGGUACUUGUGGACUCCCUGUGCUGAGGGGAUUGUUGAGGUUUACAAAGGUUGGUUUCCAAACCCAUCGAGAUCGUGCCAAAUAUAUUGAACUUGUUCAACAGCACUUGAAAGGUGUCACUGUUACGCAUGAUAGUCAUUGGGAUAUUGACACAGUAACGCACGAAGGAUGGACAUGUUCAUUGGGUGUCUUUCCCGUAAGCAUUAAGAACGACGACUUUCUGAAGUUCGUACAUAUGCCGGAAACAGCAGCGAAGGCAGCUGCAAUAAAGAAAAAGAUAAUGGGUGAAAAUCCACCGAAGGAUGGAAAAUUCUUCUUCUCCGUUGAACGUUUUGACUAUACAAAAGGGAUUAAGGAGAAACUUCAGGCGUAUAGACGAUAUUUUCAAAAGUAUCCAGAUCGAAUAGGAAAGGAUGUGCUAUAUCAGGUUGCUGUGACGAACCGUCGUUCAGUGGAUACAUACCGAGUUUACCAGGAUGAAUGUUUGGACAUAGCUAGGAAAAUCAUUGCUGAAUUCCAUGAUCCUUCCAGACCAGAAUGGAAACCGCUGGUCUUCCAGACAGAUGGAUUACCACGUCCGGAUCUGGUUGCCGCUUACAUGGCAAUGGAUAUCGGGAUUGUGACGCCGAAGAAGGAUGGAAUGAAUCUGGUAGCCAAAGAAAUGCUGGUGUGUAACCCGCGAGCUGGUCUUAUUCUAUCAACCGGCGCCGGUUCAGAGAUUCAGUUCUCAACAUCUGGAUUGUACAAGGAAGACGGUGAAAAAGACUAUCAUCGAGUUGCUGAUCUGUUUGAUGUAGAGACUUAUGCUGACACGUUCUACGCUGCUGCUACGGAAACGGAAGAAUCCAGGAGGGCACAUGGAAAGAGAUUGAGUGAAUUUAUACUGUCGAAUGAUAUUGAGAGGUGGAGCGCUGCUUUUCUGGAUCCAAGUUGGACUCAUUUAGUCAUUCGUCCAAUGCAGGUGAACACUUUGGAUGACUUCUUCUCCUUAAUGAUGCGAACAAGGAACGUACGGAGGCAGAUCGUUGAUCGAGUGCUCAAGGGUAUUCCUAUAAGACCUCACUUUGCCAUAAGUAUUCGUAAUGCAAAGGAAUCUUUGGAGAACAGUUGCGGACCCGAUUCACACACGUUAGUCCUCAGCGCUUCACACGACUCACCUGAUAAGGCAAAAUUCGAUAUCAAGAAUGAGCUGCAGGAGUUUGAAAAGGACCUCUCCUUCAUGGAUUACGCUCAAAGCGAAGAUGUUGACAAUGUCGAGCAAUUCGUGGAUAUUCAUUUAACAAAUCAGAGGUUUCAUCACUAUCUUCGUCGCUUUGAUGUUUACCUCUUACAGUAG